GACUAGCAUAACUGCAUGGUUGGAAGAACAGAUAAAGGAAACUAGAGUUCAGGCUCUCGUAAGCAAAAGGCACUGAGCUCUAUGCUGCAGAAUUAACACACUAGACUUGGAGACAAACAUGCCUGCAGAUUUCAAUGGUUACUGGAAAAUGCUCAGUAAUGACAAUUUUGAGGAAUACUUGAAAGCUUUGGAUGUAAAUGUUGCUGUGAGGAAAAUAGCUAGCCUCCUCAGACCUGACAAAGAGAUCAUUCAGGAUGGAGAUCACAUGAUCAUCAAAACACUAAGCACUUUUAGAAAUUACAUCAUGGAUUUUGAUGUAGGAAAAGAAUUUGAAGAGGAUUUAACCGGGGUGGAUGAUCGCAAAUGCAUGACCUGUGUGACAUGGGAUGGAGAUAAACUUCUUUGUGUACAGAAAGGAGAAAAAGAAGGCCGUGGAUGGACCCAGUGGAUUGAAGGAGAUGAAAUGCAUUUGGAAAUAAGAGCUUGUGGUGUCAAGUGUAAGCAAGUCUUUAAGAAGGUACGGUGAGGAGCCUCUCCUGUCUGCCCCUGCCACUGAGAUCAAAAAGGCUGGAUUAGGAUGGAUAGAUUUGCUGCCAAACCUACAAUUGCUGAUAGUGCCCAAAUAUCAACUCUUCCAUUAACAUUAGAAAACAGACCA